GAUAGAUUCAGAAAAUACAUAAAAAAGAAUUGAGAAAAAGAAAAUGUUUGAAAAAAUGUGUGAUGAGAAAGGUAAUGCAAAAUUGGUAAGCACAGUGAUGUUGAGCAUACUGCUCAUUCACAUUCACAUUCACACCGCCAAUGCAACUAGCUACACUGUCGGAGACUCAUCUGGUUGGACCUUCAACGUUGCUGGCUGGGAAAAGGGCAAGCCCUUCAAGGCCGGCGAUACACUCAUUUUCAAGUACGUGGUGGGUCAGCACAACACGGUUGUGGUGGACAAGGCGAGCUACGACUCUUGCAGUGUGCCGGCUGGUGCACCAACGUAUAGUUCAGGGAACGACAAGUUGACGUUGAAGAAAGGUCCAAAUUACUUGAUUUGUGGGAUAAGAGGGCAUUGUGAAGCUGGGAUGAAGAUAGCUCCCGUUGCUGCUUAAUUAGUCAGCCUCCCUCCAUCUGGAUCAUCAGUAACGCCACCUGCCAUAUCCAAAUAAUUAUAUGUAGUUAGGUUUGGUUAGUUAUGAGUCAAUAAAUAUAGAUUUUUUUUUGGAUGA